UUCUUCCCCGCCAUCUCUUCAUCUCUUCCUCUCAGUGAAAGCCAUGGCCUCACUCAGCCUUGCGGAGCGAAAAGCCUUCGACGACACCAAGGCUGGCGUUAAAGGCCUCGUGGACGCCGGCAUUACCGAAAUUCCUCAUUUCUUCCGCCACCCACCGGGCGUUAUAGAAGUUCCUCAGCCAGCUUCUGCUGUCAAGGCAGAGAUUCCGGUCAUCGAUCUCGGCAUAAUCAACGGAGGCACGAUGGGGCGGGACAAAGUGGUGGAGCUCGUGAGAAUGGCGUCGGAGACAUUUGGUUUCUUCCAGGUAGUGAAUCACGGGAUUCCUCCGGCUGUGCUGGACGAGAUGCUGGAAGGCGUCAGAAGAUUUAACGAGCAGGAGUUGGAGGCAAAGAUGAGACAUUACGUGCGCGAUCAGAAAAGUCCUGUGUUCUUUAAUAGUAAUUUCGAUCUGUACCAAUCUAAGGUGGCCAAUUGGAGGGACACUCUCUUCUGCACAAUCAAGCCGGAAGCCGCCGCCAGGCCGAAUGACAUUCCGGAAAUUUGCAG